UUCAGUCAGUUCCUUGUUACUGCUGAUAUAUAAACAGUGGUGUGUCGACUGUCGAUAAAUUGUGUAGGAAAAAUUUUACUGACUAAAAUGGCUCGACCAGCUCUUCUGUCUCCAAUCAAAAUCGGUGACCAUACGUUAGAUCAUCGCAUUGUCCUUGCUCCACUUACUCGACUGCGAAACACCGAACAAGGAGUACCGCAAGACCACUGCAUCGAGUACUACGAACAAAGAACCACGAAAAAUGGACUGCUAAUUUCCGAAGCAACGGUCAUAUCUCCGGUCACAGACGGUUACAAAUUUGCUCCUGGGAUUUAUACUGAUCAACAAAUUGAAGGCUGGAAAAGGGUUGUAGAUGCUGUUCAUGCCAAAGGAGGAGUUAUAUACCUACAACUGUGGCAUCUCGGCCGUGCCGUAUCGUCCAAGGACCUACCACCUGGUAACUAUCCUGUGUCUGCUUCGGCCAUUGCUAUUUCGGGAACGGGUGUAUUUGGAACGGAAUAUGAAGUUCCUCAUGCUCUCACUAUUGACGAAAUUCAAGAUACAAUAAGAGACUAUGCUACUGCAGCCAAGAAUUCGAUAAAAGCUGGAUUCGACGGAGUCGAAAUUCAUGGUGCUCAUGGCUAUCUUAUCGAUCAGUUCAUCAACACCUCCAGUAACGUUCGUACUGAUGAAUACGGCGGUUCAAUUGAAAAUAGAGCUAGAUUUGCUUUGGAAGUGGUUGAUGCUGUGGUUGAAGCUGUUGGUAUAAACAGGGUGGCCAUUCGUUUCUCACCAUGGUGUGAUUUCCAAGAUAUGAAAGAUGAUACUCCACUAGAAACAUGGUCGUACUUAACCGAACAAUUGCAAGCCAAACAUCCGGGACUGGCCUACAUUCAUUUCAGCGUUCCAUGGCAAUUAGAAAUCGGAGAAUUUGUGUACCAAGACAACAUAUCGUCAUCGCUAGAUCCGUUUCGUAAAAUUUGGAAAGGUCCAUUUAUCGCCACUGGCGGCUUUCUCGAGUCCAAAACGGCCAUACAGCACUGCGAAAAGUUCCCUAACGAUUUAAUCGGUUUCGGUCGUACAUUCAUUGCCAAUCCGGAUUUGGUCGAACGAGUACGCCACGGAUGGCCUUUUAACAAAUACAACCGUUCCACAUUUUAUAUUCAAGGCAUUGAGGGGUACACAGACUAUCCAUUUUAUUCGCCGACUUUAUUCGAUGAAAGUGGAAAACCAGUGGCGACGGAUAAGACCAACCCUGCACCAACAAGUCAACUUUGAUUUGUUUCGCCAGAGCGUAGAUUUUACAGAUGAUUACCUGAGGUCGUCAAAAGUGGCCCAAUGGUAGGUUUCUCGAGCCUGCUGUGUGAAAGCUACGGCGUGGCGAUCGAACAUCAAAUACGGCAUCAUGUAAACGAAAUUUCUGUGUGAGUUGCGGGAAAUCGUUCAAUUUGUUAGAAAUAA